CCAAUCUGCAGGCAAAGAUCAUGGCACAGUCUGGGAGGGGAUUAUUCAAGGCCAUUGUUAAAACCUUCAGAGAUUCUGCUGGGAUGGCGACUGAUGGAGAAGAGAAUGUGUUGGCAUGGCCAUGCAGGUGGAGGCCUUCACACAGAUCCAAAGCAAGGGCUGAAAGAGGUAGAUGCCAAGAAGAUCAUCAGAGCAAUGCUGGCCUAUGUGUGGCCCAAAGACAGGCCUGACCUGCGAGCCAGAGUAGCCAUAUCUCUGGGGUUUUUGGCAAGUGCCAAGGCCAUGAAUGUAGUGGUUCCCUUCAUGUUUAAAUAUGCAGUAGACAACCUCAACCAGGUAUCUGGAAACAUGCUGAACCUCAGCGAUGCACCAAGUACUGCGGCAACUCUGGCAACUGCUGUUCUCAUUGGCUAUGGUAUCUCAAGAGCUGGGGCAGCGUUAUUUAAUGAAGCCAGAAAUGCAGUAUUUGGGAAAGUAGCUCAAAAUUCCAUCAGAAGGAUAGCCAAGAAUGUUUUCCUGCACCUUCACAAUCUGGAUUUGGCCUUCCAUCUUAGCAGGCAAACAGGAGCUCUGUCGAAAACUAUUGACAGAGGUACAAGGGGCAUCAGUUUUGUUCUCAGUGCUCUAGUAUUCAAUCUGGGGCCUACAAUGUUUGAAGUGGCUCUGGUCAGUGCAAUUCUGUAUUACAAAUGUGGUGCUGAGUUUGCUUUCGUCACUCUGGGGACACUAGGAGCCUAUGCAGCAUUCACAAUAGGAAUUACACAGUGGAGGACUAAGUUUCGGAUAGAAAUGAACAAAGCCGAUAACGAUGCUGGUAACGCUGCCAUUGACUCACUGCUCAAUUAUGAGACUGUGAAGUAUUUCAAUAAUGAAAAAUACGAAGCCCAACGGUAUGAUGAGUUCCUGAAGACAUAUGAAAAUGCCUCCCUGAAGACUACCUCUACUUUAGCUCUCCUGAACUUUGGACAGAGUGCUAUAUUUAGUGUUGGAUUAACAGCCAUUAUGGUGCUUGCAAGCCAGGGCAUCGUUGCAGGCAGCCUUUCUGUUGGAGAUCUAGUAAUGGUGAAUGGAUUGCUAUUCCAGCUUUCUCUUCCCCUAAACUUCCUGGGAACAGUAUACAGAGAGACAAGACAAGCACUUAUAGAUAUGAAUACCUUGUUUACACUUCUCAGUGUAGAUACCAAAAUUAAAGACAAAGAGUUGGCUCCACCUUUGCUGAUCACCCCCGAGACUGCUACCAUCGCCUUUGAUAAUGUGCAUUUUGAAUAUCUUGAGGGGCAGAAAGUCCUUGCUGGAGUGUCCUUUGAAGUCCCUGCAGGAAAGAAAGUGGCUGUUGUAGGAGGUAGUGGGUCAGGGAAAAGCACAAUUGUGAGGUUAUUAUUUCGGUUCUAUGAACCUCAGAAAGGAAAUAUUUAUGUUGCUGGACAGAACAUCCAAGAUGUCAGUUUGGAAAGUCUAAGAAGGGCAAUAGGAGUUGUACCUCAGGAUGCUGUUCUCUUCCAUAACACCAUCUACUACAACCUGCUCUAUGGCAACACUGGAGCCAGCCCAGAGCAGGUGUAUGCAGUGGCCAGGCUGGCAGGAAUCCACGAUGCCAUCCUGAGAAUGCCAAAUGGCUACAACACUCAGGUCGGGGAGAGAGGCCUCAAGCUCUCAGGAGGAGAAAAGCAAAGAGUUGCAAUUGCCAGAGCUAUGUUAAAGGAGCCGUUUGUUUUUCUCUAUGAUGAAGCCACAUCAUCUCUUGAUUCAAUUACAGAAGAGAACAUUCUCAAUGCCAUGAGGGAUGUGGUGAAGCAUCGGACGUCCAUUUUCAUUGCUCACAGGUUGUCUACAGUGGUGGAUGCAGAUGAGAUCAUUGUGCUGGAUCAGGGUAAGGUUGUGGAGCGUGGCAGACACACAGAGCUCCUGGCGAAUCCCAGCAACCUCUACUGUGAAAUGUGGCACACACAGAGCAGCAAAGUGCUCAACAGUCACAACAAUCCAAACUGGGAAGAGAGAAAUAACCAAGUGUCCAAAGAAGAGGAAAGGAAGAAGCUAGAAGAAGAAAUUAUCAAUAGUGUGAAAGGCUGUGGGAACUGUUCAUGCUAA